AUGCCCCUCGGGCUCCGCCGGUUAUGCCAGCUCCUGGUGGUCGGCGUGUGCUACGCCGGUUCGGAGGAGCUGACCGCCCGUGUGUGGCAGCCAUCGCGACCGGAUUUCCAGCUGCCAGAGCUGUCUGAGGCCCGAGCAGAUCUGAAGAGCAAGCCCAGCUUUGGCAUCGCCCUGGCGGGCGGCGGCAUGCGAGGCCUGGCGCUGGGCCACGGUGUGAUCCGCACGCUGCGGGACGCGGGGCUGCUGGACAAGGCCAGGUACCUGAGCGUGACCUCAGGCUCAGUCUGGCUCGGGCUCCCUCUCUACUACCAAUCCCUUGACUCCGUGGAGGACUACCUGGGCCAGACGCUGCCGCUCCAGAACAUGACGCCGGAGGCGCUCGUUGACAAGGCUGGGACGGGCCUUCGCCGCCUGGCGCACUUCCGAAAGUACCCCAAGGGCCACAAGGGCCCGGAAGAAGCACGGCGGCUUCGCGGGCAUGAACGGGAAAGCGAGGAGGAGAGCGAGGCCAGCGGCAUCUGGGAGGGCCUCUUGGGCUGUCCUGCGGACGAAGGCUGGUGCGCCUGCAUUGUGGAGCGCUUCCAGCCAGGCUCCCUCCAUGGCCUCUACUCCACGUUGGCCGCCUACGCCUUCCUUCAUCCUUUUGAGCUUGCGGGACGGAGCUCCACCCACUGCCACGAGUCACAGCUGGACCGCAUGAAGGUGAAGUUCGGAAAGGGGAAGACCAUCUACACGGCCAAGGAUGUGUCCAGGAAGUUCCCUUUCUUGCUGUCACAAUCUGCCAUCAUCGCUCCCUACACCGGUUUGAACCAGACGGACCCCUUGGUGUUCUUUCCCUUGGAGCAGACGCCGUUGUACACAGGGACCUUUCCGGGCUACAAUGCAACGGAUGUCCACCGAGGCGUCGGUGACGUGCUCGUCGAGCCUUUUGCCUGGAGCUCUCAGCCCCGAAGCCCGUGGACGAACUUCAGCAAUGGGGACGAGUUGCGGAUGGAGGUGUCCCGCAGCCUCCUCAACGUCGGGGACCUGGCCACCUGGGCCGGCACCGCGACGUCGUACAUCGCGGACUUUCAGAUCCGCACCUGGGCCGACAAGAUCCCGAAGUGCCUGAUCGCGGAGGGCGAGAAGCUGCUCCCCCACGCCAGCCUCUGGUCUCCCCUGGCGCUGGACUCGCAGGGCGUGCCUCUGACGCACGAGGAGGCUGUCGGGGAUGCUGGGGUCUACGACGACAUCGGCCACAUCCCGCUGUUGAGAAGGCGCAUCGAGAAGAUCGCCAUCUUCACCAGCGGUGCCAUCCACAACGACCUGUGUGAGAUGACGUACCUGCUGGCGGCCUGGGGUCAGCCUGGCUGCCUCAACCCUCCGAAUCCGCCGGGCGCGUCGAACCCAAAGAUGAAGGCUGGCACCUUGACGGUCUUCGAGCCAUCCGAGUUCCCCGACUUCUGGUCGCAGGUUACAGAGGCCUGGCGAGCCAAUGAGACCGCGGUGUUCAAGGGGCGCUACAGCGUCGUGGACAACGAGGUUCUUGGGAUCCAGGGGGGCUGGCAGGUGGACAUUGUGUGGAAUGUGGUUUUCCCUUCGAAGACCUUCCGCUCCAGUCUGCCCUCGAAAACAGCCGAGAUGCUCUCUGGUUGGUUCCCAACCGAGUUCGCUGCGGACAUGACCAACCGAUUUGAGAUGAGUGCCGCCAGCCAGUAUGCUUCCUGGUUUACUCAGAGGUCCACACUGGAUCUGAUCCGCCAGAUGCUCGCAGAGACUUCCGCAGAGAAGCUCUUUGUUUGA